GAUUUUGGUCAUCUCGCCUUCUCGGGUUCCUGACGCUCAAAAACAGCCCAAGAGGCCCCCAAGAUCGACCCAAGGAAGCCCGUCCGUAGCCAUUUUGGCUCAAGCCGCUCUGGCGCAAGCCGUUUUUGUUUGGGGGCAACCGCUCUGCAAGUUCGCCGGGUCCUCCCAGCAUCUCUCGGCGCGACACCAUGGCUCGGCGGGUGGUGCUCGCGGUUGCUGUCCUUCUCGGCUGCGGCAUGCUGAUGUCCGCUUUUGUGCCCUUCUCGCCGAUGGCCAUCCGCCCCGCGGAUCAGCAGCCUGCAGCGCUGGGAACGGCGAUGACGCCUGACGACAGGAUUGUCCUGCCGAGUGGGUGUUGCAUUCUCCACUGUGAUUCCAAUGUCGCAAUAGCUGAAGGGCAGAACUGCAGCAGCAGCAACAAUCAGUCACUGAACAUGUUGUCUUACACGUUGCACGGUUCGAAUGCUCACCGCGUUGCUGGAUGGAGCAUCAAAGAGUGGCUGAAGUUUAUAGGCUCUCUCGGGGUGGGUGCCAAGUUUGUGUUCCAGGUGGGCUCUUUUGGUGCAUUUUUGGACGAGGUGCUCCCGUUAUUGAAAGGCAUGGACCCGCAUCAGGCGCAACAGUGGCAAGGAGUCACUGCAGAGGCCAGACGGUGCAACGUUGACAAAUUGAAGGAAGCAUAUGUUGAGCAGCUAUCAGCAGGCACACUUCGCAUAAUACAUACUGCUGUUACAGAUGUUUGUCAUGCUUCCACAUUAAAAUUUGUCGUACCCAGCCCAGCUUUCUCGGGGGGCAACGAAAAGUUCAAAUGGAAAUUCGGAACCGGAACGAUCAAAGAUAGUGAGAACGGGCAGAAAAUGCAGACGUGGGGCGAAGGCCAGUUGGAAGAGCUCGAGGUUCCAUGUGGCACAACAGACUAUGUUAUGCGCUUCGGGAACGUCCCAGAAUCACCAGAGUUUGUGCAGGUUGAUGCCGAAUCGCACGAUGCGCAUAUUCUGACUGGGAUAGAUUUCACCAAGUUCAGUCCCAAACUGAUUCGAUGGGAAAGUCUUCCAAACAUGGAGAAGAAAGACAUUUUGCUGGACAAGCUAUAUAGCCAUGGCUACGUCACCAUAAAAACUGAUGUCGGCGCAGAUCCGUCCGCGGUUCGGCCAGAUGUUUUGUUCGCAGCGGUUGGAAUGACUGUUUAGAGCGUCGACCCUCUGGGUCUCUGAGUUCCCAUUGCUCAGCAGUGGAAUUGUUCGGCGUCUCAGUUUGUGAGCCUUGGCAUGUCAGGCCGGCGCAGCGAAUUAGACGCAGUUCUUUUUCCCAACCAUCCUGUGGUGUUGGGUCCUCGUUUUGAAGAGACAGCGCCCUGCGUUCCUCUCCUCUCCUCUCCUCCUCCUCCUCCUCCUCCUCCUCCUCCUCCUCCUCCUCCUUAUCCUCCUCCUCCUCCUUGUUUCUCCCUCCUUCCUCCUCGACCCCCGAUCGCCCCGCCGUGGCGCGGUGAGCGCCCCCGCUGGCCUCGGGAAGUAAUCUGUGUGCCGUUCGCGCCGCGGCGCGUCAGGCUGCGCUGCUGGCUCGCAGGUGACGUCCGCCUGCGGUCAGCCCAGUGAAUAUGAUGCAUCUCUUUUCCUCCCAGAGCUGGUCGCUCCACCUUGCGCGCACGUCCUUGGGCGAUCGACCAGAGAGGUGCGCGCGAGGCGGUUGUGUCUCUGGCGCGAAACCCCGCCAGCGCAGCUUCUUUCUCUUCACCGCGGAGGUUUAUUCAAUGUCCUCCACCUCCCCCUCAAUUCCUCCUCCUCCUCCUCCUCCUCCAUUCCCCCCCUCCUGGAGUCUGACAGGUGCACUGAGCACACUCCGUGUCAGCCUAGCGUGA